CGGAUGUGGUAUAAAAAAAAAAGCUUACUACAUAGCUUUUAUUGAUUUCUUCCUGCCAGGAAUAUUUAGUACAAAUUAUCCAUGUUGCAUGUUAUUGCCUAUUAGUUUCAAUAAACGUCAGAGUUCAUUCAUUAGUUUUCCCACCGAGUGUUUUUUCAAUUAAAUAUUAAAAAAAUGCUUAUUCCUUAAAAAUAUAACCUUAAAUAAACGUUAUUUAACAACUAAAAUUAAUUUCAAAGUGCUGUUUUUAUUUCGAGUCUUUAUUUAAAUACGUUUCGUCUUUUUUUAUCGCUAUUUUAUUUGUGAAGUCUCAAUUGUGUUCGUGUUUUUUUCAUUCGAUGAUAAAUGUAUAUUUUUCAUAAAAAAAUGUAUUCAUUGAAAAUGACCAAAAGUCAAACAAAUUUAAAAGCAUCGUAUUAUUAUUAAUUGUAAAUUAUUUUCAAAUUUUGUUUCUAAACAAAAUUCAUCUUCAAUAAAUAAAUACAAGUUAAUGUUACUUCAAAUUUUCAACUACAAUUAGUUGAUUGCAUAACACUCUCUUCACGGCGAUUAUACAUUUUGGCGAAGCAGCUCUGCAGCACAAUAUUAUUAUUAUGUUCGUUUAAUUGGUAUUUGCACUGCCAGUUGUAUCAGCACAAAAUUUUUUGUAUAAUUUUUAAACGCACUGCAAAUAAUUUAAAAUCUACUGGGAAAUCAAUUGUUGGUCAAUUAAGAAUCAAUUAUAAGGUAUGGCUAAUACAGCACAGCUACUGCGUCGCCAAAGUUCAAGGGACAUUCCACUCAAAACGCAAAAAAGCAUAGAUAAUCUUGAGUUAAGGGAACUUCGAGGACGCUUAGUAAAAAAUGAACACGGCCAUGGUCAUACUAGCCAUCCACCAUUAUAUGGUGCAACGAAUCAAGCAUUCAUAUCAGACGUUAUUCUGGAUGAACCAGAACCUGAUGAACAAGAUAAUAAUUAUGCAUCGAGUACGAUGGCAAAGCCUCCUGCAGCUGUCGUCGAUGACAUGGUCCAGGAAAAAGGCGAAGAUGAAAGAGAAAGUUGGGACAAUAAAGUAAUGUUCUUACUAGCUACAAUAGGCUAUGCGGUUGGUCUAGGUAACGUAUGGAGAUUCCCAUAUCUGGCGCAGAAAAACGGCGGAGGAGCGUUUCUGGUUCCUUACUUUAUCAUGUUGUGCAUUCAAGGAAUACCUAUGUUUUACCUGGAACUUGCAAUUGGACAAAGACUGCGUAAAGGUGCCAUCGGUGUCUGGAGUCAAGUAUCUCCAUAUUUGGCUGGUAUUGGCAUCUCAUCGGCUGUUGUCAGCUACAUUGUAGCAUUGUAUUACAACACGAUUAUUGCUUGGUGUUUAAUUUACUUGCUCCAUAGCUUCGAAUCGCCUUUACCUUGGGCUGAGUGUCCAACUCGAUUGUAUAGCAAUUAUACUUAUGACCAUGAGCCAGAAUGUGUGGCAUCAUCACCUACGCAGUACUAUUGGUACCGUUCAACUCUUCAAUGUUCGGAGAGUGUCAAUGAACCAGAAAGUUUCAAUUAUAGUAUGGCCAUAGCACUGCUGGUAUCAUGGUUCUUAGUCUAUAUUUGCAUGGUACAAGGUAUCACAUCAUCUGGAAAAAUCGUCUACAUGACAGCAAUCUUCCCAUAUGUAGUGUUGAUCAUUUUCUUCUUCCGAGGAAUAACUCUUAAAGGUGCUUCAGAUGGUGUCAAGCAUCUCUUUACACCCCGAUGGGAGACUCUUCUAGAUCCAGUUGUUUGGUUGGAAGCAGGAACGCAAAUUUUCUUCUCCCUUGGCCUAGCGUUUGGUGGCUUAAUUGCAUUCAGUUCCUAUAAUCCAGCAAAUAAUAAUUGCUAUCGAGAUGCAAUUCUUGUGUCACUGACUAAUUGUGGUACAUCUAUGUUUGCCGGUGUCGUAGUAUUUUCGAUAAUUGGUUUCAAGGCACAUGCAACAUUUGAUCGUUGCACCGAAGAAAGACUCCAUCUGUUAUCAAAUAAUAAAACCAAUAUCGUUUUGCCCGAAUGUGAUUUGCAAAAGGAAUUAGCUAAUAGUGCUUCUGGAACUGGCUUAGCAUUCAUCAUCUUCACAGAAGCUAUCAAUCAAUUUCCUGGAGCUCAGAUUUGGGCCGUAUUAUUUUUCCUUAUGUUAUUCACACUCGGAAUUGAUUCACAGUUUGGAACACUAGAGGGCGUUGUUACUUCACUUGUUGAUAUGAAAUUGUUUCCAAACCUUUCCAAGGAGAAAAUAAUUGCCGUUCUCUGCAGUACGUGCUGUAUGAUUUCCAUGUGCUUUGCCAACGGAGCAGGAAGCUACAUUUUCCAGCUGAUGGACAGUUUUGCUGGUAAUUUUCCACUUCUCAUCAUUGCACUUUCGGAGUGUCUUUCUAUCAGUUACAUCUAUGGAGUGCGAAGAUUUUCGGAUGAUAUAGAAAUGAUGACUGGAUCUAGACCAUCACUAUAUUGGAUGUUAUGCUGGAAAUAUAUAUCACCAAUUGCAAUGGUGUCGAUAUUAGCAGCAUCGUUUUUCCAACUUAUUACGGAAGGCAGUAGUUAUCCAGCAUGGAUAAGUUCUUUGGGUACCACUGAACAAAUGGAAUGGCCUCACUGGUGUAUUGUUGUUGCCCUUUGCCUAAUAAUGUCUUCAAUAUUAUGGAUUCCCUUAGUAGCAUUGUGUCGGUUAUGUGGUGUUAAAAUAGUUGAAGACACUGAUCCAUCAUGGUUCCCAAGUGAAGAGCUUAGGGAAGUCCAUGGAAUCGUUCCACAUGAACCUACAGAUUUAGAGAGAAGUAUAUUUUGUUUUAAUAUGGAUGGAACGGAGGGUAUGUGUUGCCCAUCAUAUGGUCUUCCUGAGAAGACUUUAGAGGAAGAAGAAUAAUUUUCCUAUACCUAUACAAAACAUGUAUCUACAUAAUUAAAAAAAACAAUAACACAUUGUAAUAUUAUAACAUAAAUACCACCGAAAAAGUGGUCAAAAGACAAUAAUUAUACAUUCGUACUCAAAUGACAAUAAUUCAAAAACAAAAACAAUAUAGCACAAUAAUCUAGGAAAAAUAUGAGAAUUUCUGUUUAAAUUUUAAUUUAAGAAUAAUUAUAAUAAAAUAAUAUAAUCGGUUUAUAAAUUUUAAACAUAAAAACAUAACAACUUAAGUACUAUUUAUAAUUAAAUUAUAUCGCACCAUAUUUAAAUCGCGCACAUUUAUUAUUGAAACAAAGUUAUACAGAAUUGAUAUAAUUACUUACCAAAAAUUAUCGAUUUUAAUUUUUAGUAAAGAUUAAUAAAAUAAAAUUUAAGAAAAGGCUGAAAAGUUCGAAAUAGAAGGCUAAACGGAUACAAUUAUCGAUAAGAGUUCCAUAUCAGAUAAGAAAACAAGUAUAUUUCUUAGUUCUAUAAACCUUUUUACACCCACCCUUUUUCUGUAUUUUUACCACCGAUUUAAAUACCUUUGUUACAUAUUUUUGAAGGAAUCAAAUUUUAGUUUAAUAAAUAGUUACCUACAGACCCUCUUCCAUUCUCUUAUGUAUAUGUUUUAAGCAGUUAUAGUAAAUUUAUAACAGUCUAUUUACUAAAACCAAACUACUAAAACUAUUUAAGAAAAAAACCUAGACUGGCCAGAUAAGGGAAGAUUUUUUUAAAAUUAACAACAAAGUUCUAAUAUAAUUCAUGUAAAGCCUUUGCAGAGAUUGACCAUAAUGUCUCACUUUAUUAAGAUUGUGUAACAAAGCUCUUAAGACCUAAGUAAUAGUUUUGAGUUUUUCCAGGUCGAAACCUAAUUGCACCACACCAAUAAUGGCUUAACUGAUUCAAUAACUUAAAAAUGAGCUUAUGAGUUCUUUUCUUUUUAAUUUUGUUUAACAAAAAUACAUUUUUUCUAAGUUACAAUAUACUCAGUGUUUAGAUUGAAAAUAGGCAUGUUAACAUAAAACGAAAUUUUUCUUAUGAUAACCUACCUUCACUAUAGCCUAAAACAGCAAUAUCACAAUUCGAAGCAUUAUUUAUUAUCAAGAAAAAAAAAAUAUAAAAGACUGUUACUUUCUUGAUAAACAAAAUUAAAAAAAAAAAAUAAAUAAAAAA